CACAAGUUUGGCCCGAAAAAACCAAAGACAGAAGAGAAGCCAGCCACAGCUUUGGCACCUCGACUUCGGUUCGGCAAUAUACUUUUUUUUCUACUCUGCUCGAAAGAAAUUAUACAAAAAAAAAAGAAACGCUUUUUUAACCCGCGCCCGCCAUUGUCAAGAGAAAAAUCCAACAAAAAAAAAAGAAAAGCAUACAAAAAAAAAAACUUUCCUUUUAGCACAUGGGUUUUUUAUAAACUCGUCACCAUAAUCGGCAAAUUCGCAUAAAAGAUAUACUGGAAAAAAAGGUCAUCCGGAAAAAAGAGAGAGAAAUCCUAUAAACGAAAAAACUAAAUUAAACUAUAUUAUAUAGCUCAUUUCUCAUGAGAUAAGUUAUAAGUUUUCUCGGGUUAAAUUUUCACAAAAGAAAAAAAAAAAAGUGUUGACUAGACAUUAAGUCGUCUCGUCUCCGCUCAUCGUCGUUGUCUUCUCCCAGUCGUCGUCGUCGUCGUUGGUCGUCGGUUGAUUCUUCUUCCUUCUUCUUGUGUAUACAAUUGGCAUUGCACUUUCAUUGAUUUUUCGUGAAAUCCACUUACCCUAGUCCAGAGCAGAGUCAUAGCCAAUUGUUAUAUAGGUACUCUCCUCUUUAGAAAGUGUGAAUACCUACGUUCUCUAGGAAAACCAUUUUUUCUUGCACUGCCCCCAGCAGCGACUUGAGACUCUUUUUUGUAGUCUUUUUAAAUUCAGUAAUUGUAGACUUUGCUGUGUCAUCAGUCGUUUGUUCGCCUCUGGUUGUCGUCGUCGUCAGUCGUCGCACGCGUUCCGGGCUCCUCUUUUUUUGUUCACUUGGGGAUCCUCUUGUGCAGAAAAAAAAUCUCAUAAUUCGUCAUCAUCGUCGACAACGCCGCUGCCGACACCCUCUUUCCGAUUUCGCUAAAAGAAGACGUGGUUCUUAUAUCGAAUCGAUGUGCUUGCUUCUGACUAAUUACAAACAAAUGCUUUAUUAAAAUUGCAAAAAUUGCGUUGAUUGAAUCUAUUUUUAGGGACAAAAGAGCCUUUUUUCUAAUUCCCAAGGCGACAAGUGCGUGUUUUUUGGUUGCACUCUUUGGCACAGGAACAAUCCAAUUACAAUAUUGAGUUUUUUGCUAAUUUUGCCCAAAGGUAUUCGCAUACCGAACGAGGCCAUAAAACAUUUUUUAAAUUAAAUAAGACAAAUAAAGUGUUUUCAAUUAAUUAAAAAGGACUUUAGCAUUUUUUUUUUCCUUCGAACUUGAAAAGAAACUUUUCCACAAGAAUGGUCAAUGCCAAGAGUAGUGUUAACUUACAAUCAACAAACUCUACGAAUGCUGAUGAUAAGGCAGCUAAUCAACAGCAGCAUGCUGUAAAGUUAAUACCAAUUACAAGUGUAUUAACAACUGUGGCUGAAAAUGCCCGAAUUGCACAACAACUUUUGCUACAGCAACAACAUCAGCAACAGCAACAACAACAACAGCAACAGCUGCCAUCUGAAAUGCCACACGAGGAUGAGGAGCGUCUGGAGAAAUUAUUUAAUAGCCUUGAUCGCGAUGGCAAUGGCAAAAUUGAUAUACAUGACCUAUCCGAUGCACUUAAAGAAUUUGGAUUGUCAAGUGUUUAUGCAGAGACUUUUCUUAAACAAUCUGACAAAACUCAAAGCGGAGAUGUUGGCCUUGCUGAAUUUGUGCAUUAUGUGCGUGAGCAUGAAAAGAAUCUUCGACUUCAAUUUUCUCAUUUGGAUAAAAAUCGUGAUGGAAAAGUUGACUUGGAAGAGUUGAUUUCAGCAUUUAAAGAUUUAGGUAUUGAAGUUGAUCAAGCUGAAGCAAAGCAUUUACUAAAGAGAAUGGAUCAAGAUGGAAGUUUAAAUAUAAGUUAUAAUGAAUGGCGAGACUUUUUGCUACUAGCGCCAUCAACAGACAUUCAUGGUUUAAUUAAAUUUUGGCGGCAUUCUACUUACCUCGAUAUUGGCGAAGAUAUGAAUGUACCUGAUGACUUUACACAAAGUGAAAUGCAAAGUGGGAUGUGGUGGCGACAUCUAGCGGCUGGUGGUAUAGCUGGAGCUGUUUCGCGCACUUGUACAGCACCUCUAGAUAGGAUAAAAGUAUUUUUGCAGGUCCAAACAUACAAAGCAAAAAUCUCAGAUAGUUUAAGAUACAUGCUCCAAGAGGGUGGCACACGCAGCAUGUGGCGAGGUAAUGGCAUCAAUGUUCUCAAAAUUGCACCCGAAUCAGCUCUCAAAUUUGCUGCUUAUGAAAAAAUCAAACGGCUAAUACGUGGCGAUGAGAAACGACAAAUGACCAUAAGCGAACGCUUUCUAGCCGGUGCAUGCGCCGGCGGUAUUAGCCAAACAGUCAUCUAUCCCAUGGAAGUAUUAAAAACUCGACUGGCACUUCGCAAAACUGGCCAAUACACAGGUAUAGCCGAUGCGGCUAAAAAAAUUUACUGCAAAGAAGGUUUGCGCAGCUUCUAUCGCGGCUACAUUCCAAAUAUGCUCGGCAUUAUACCCUACGCUGGCAUUGAUUUAGCCGUUUAUGAAACACUGAAAAAGAAAUACCUUAGUACACAUAAUAAUGCCGAAAAUGAACAGCCAAAUUUUAUGGUACUUUUAGCAUGUGGUAGUGCAUCUAGUACACUUGGUCAAGUGUGUUCCUAUCCAUUGGCAUUAGUAAGAACACGAUUACAAGCUCAAGUCGUAAGCAAAACCAAAGCCAUUUCAAUUGAUUCCACUGUAGCCGCAUCAAUUAAAACCACUGAUGACAAUAUGCUGGAUGUAUUUAAACGGAUUCUCCGAACUGAGGGAGUCUUUGGCCUCUAUCGCGGUAUAACGCCAAAUUUCAUCAAAGUCCUGCCAGCUGUAUCUAUUAGUUAUGUCGUGUACGAGUACACAAGUCGAGCAUUAGGUGUCAAUAUGACGUGAUUUAAUCACACCACAAUAAUGCUCUCUAGCUUUAAAGAAAAAACCCUAAGUGAUACUAUGAUUAUUUAUUUUUAUUAAUAUAGUAGCAAUUUUAUUUUAGAAAAAAAAAAAAACAAAAAACAAAAAACUUAACAAAAUAAUACAUAAUUUAAAAAAGAGAUAAAAGAAAAGAAAACAGACAUAAAAAACUGUUAAACAAAAAAUAACGAGAAACCUGAGAUAUAACAAAGAAAAGAAUAACAAACAAACACAUUUUUGACUUUUUUUAGAAUAAAAAUUAUAAUGAUAAAUAAAAUAUUUUAUUUUUCUUUAGAAAAUGCAUUUUGACAGUGCAAUGUUCGAUAUAUAUAUAAACGUCCAUUGCUUUGAGGCACUUCACCUUAUUCCUUAAAAAAAAAAAAAAAAAAAACAAAAAAAGAACAAAGAAAAACAAAAAAACUGAGGCUUACUUGCUAAAUAAAGGCCAGUAUGAAUAUCAAAAAAAAAAAAAAAAUAAAGUAAGUUCUAGAUGUUGCUUAAGUUUAAGGCUAUAAACCCAUUAUGGAAUAAAAAGUAUCUUCGAAAAUAUAUAACUUAAGCGAUAAAGUUCUCUUAUUUUUUAUUCAUACGGCCCAAAAAGUCUUAAUUAAAUAAAUACAUUAUU